AUGUAAAAUUAACAAAUUAGAACUUAUUUGGUUUACGGAGAUUCUGGAUCCGGGAAGUCAACUUUCAUCAAAAGCUUAGGAGGAAUCGACUCAGAUAAUUAAAUGCCAUAAACCGGAGGUCUUGGAGUGGCUGUCACUAUUGACCCUGGAAAAAUUUACUUUUUAUAGGAUGAAGUUCUUGGAAAUGUAUAAUUGAUCGAUACAAGAGGAACAUGGGAUCCAGGAUAAACUAAUAACGAUUAAAUUCUAUAAAAUUUAGUGAAAACAUUACUUGACUACAGUGUACAUCAAAUGAGUUAAUAAAGUAUUGAGUUGAAUAAUUAUAAAAGUUAAUCCAAUCUAAUAGUUAGAUGGGAUCCUCUAUAUUCAUAAUAGCUUUAUAGAUCGUUAUGCAAGAGAUACUAGGAUAGCAUAAUUAGGAAUAUUGAUUGGCAGCAAUUUGCAUUCUUCAACAUUGACAAUCAUGACAAGAUGUAAGGAAAUAGAGAAUACAAAUUUAAAAUUCAAUUUCUAUGAAUGGAAUAAGAAAUUACAUAAAAGUGAAUUAGAAUACAUGCAUUGGGAUAGUGUGAACCCUUUAGAAAAAUAAAAGGAGAAAUUAAGAGAAUUACUACUAAAUUUAAAACCCAUUCUUUUGACUAAUAUAAGGGAUGCAAAUGAGGAUAUUAUUAAAUUAGCAAAAUAUUUGUAAUCAAAAGAUUUGAUUGAAAUUGAAGAACCUCGAAUCAAGACAAUAAUUAGAUAGUACACCAAAGAAAAACUAAAGAAAAAAACAUCCUAUACUAAUGUAACAUUAACAAUCAAUCCUCCAAAAGGCAUAAUAACUUAAAUUGGAGGUAAUUAUGAUUUAUAUAGAAUCUAGGAUGGGUUCCUAUAAAAAUACCUUUCUUAACUUAAGGUGGAAAUCUUACGACUACUUCCAUAAGAAUCGAUGCGGAGUUCCCAUAAAAUUCAUUGCCUCCAAAAUUGAUAUUGUCUUGCGAUCUUGAUAAAAGUUUAGAUGAAAUAAAAGGAUAAAAUCUAGAGAUUAUCAAACACGAAUUCAUUAACAAUGGAGAUUAUUACGAUGCUAACUUUUAAUACAGAUGGAAUGGAAUCAAUAAUGAUAAUGCGGGAAGAGUAGAUUUAAAAAUAAAAAUGGUCAUUUAAUAUAGAUAGAUCAAAUAAAAAUAAAGGGAAGAUAAGGAGGAAUAUUUUGAAAAAGUGAUGAAACCUAGAUAUUCAGAUGAAAAAGUAUAAAUAUAAUUAAAUUUGAAUAGCCUUAUAUUUAAUAAGCUAUGGAGUAGCAAUUUGAUAAUUUGUAUGUUGGAAUUAAAAAGAAUUUUGAAAAAUAAUGA